AGUGGAGAUAGCGAAGGAGAAGGAGGGAAAGAGAGCGGUCAUCAACACAACGCGUUGGGCUUCUCUGCAGGGUGUGUGUGCAUGUGUGUAUGUGCGAGAGAGAGAGGUGCGUUGGGGACAAGCGAGGACCUUGCGGGCAGGGGAAACCACACUGCUAGGGGAGUUUCCCCUUUCUGCUUCACCGCCGGAGGAAGACGGCAACACACACAUACGCACACACACACACGCUGGCAUACAUUCCCGAAGAAAACACACAGGCAGGUGCGCUUUCACAAAGUGCACACACAGAAACACACACUCACAAACUUCUUCUCAGAAACGACACACACUCCCUCACUGUCCACACACCGGGGAUUCUGGGAAAGGACCGUGAUUCUCGACCAUGGGCACCGUGAGUGAACUGUGCGCCUCCAGCUUCCAGGCAUUCCUCUGCCCGACGGUGCACAUCACCCCCCCAGUGCCCGACGACCUCACCCCAGAGGAGAGGCAGGACCUAGAAAAUAUCCGUCGACGCAAGCAGGAGCUGCUACAGGAUAUUCAGCGCCUGAAGGAUGAGAUAGCAGAGGUGACCAGCGAGAUUGAGAACCUGGGCUCCACUGAAGAAAGGAAAAGCAUGCAGAGGAACAAACAGGUGGCCGUGGGCCGCAAAAAAUUCAACAUGGAUCCCAAAAAGGGGAUCCAGUUCCUGAUGGAGAACGACCUCUUGAAGAACACCUGCGAAGACAUCGCCCAGUUCCUCUACAAGGGUGAGGGGCUCAACAAGACGGCCAUCGGCGACUACCUGGGCGAGAGGGACGAGUUCAACAUCCAAGUUCUGCACGCCUUCGUGGAGCUGCACGAGUUCACAGACCUGAACCUGGUACAGGCCCUAAGGCAGUUCCUGUGGAGUUUCCGGUUGCCGGGAGAGGCUCAGAAGAUUGACCGCAUGAUGGAGGCCUUUGCUCAGCGGUACUGCCAGUGCAACCCUGGCGUCUUUCAGUCUACAGACACCUGCUACGUUUUAUCCUUCGCCAUCAUCAUGCUGAACACCAGCUUACACAAUCCCAACGUCAAGGACAAGCCCUCGGUGGAGCGAUUCAUCGCCAUGAACCGGGGCAUCAACGCGGGGGGCGACCUACCCGAGGACCUGCUGAGGAACCUGUAUGACAGCAUCAGGAAUGAGCCCUUCAAGAUCCCGGAAGACGACGGCAAUGACCUCACGCACACCUUUUUCAACCCGGACCGUGAGGGCUGGCUCCUCAAACUGGGAGGUGGACGAGUUAAAACCUGGAAAAGAAGAUGGUUCAUCCUCACAGACAACUGCCUGUAUUAUUUUGAGUACACCACAGACAAGGAGCCCCGAGGGAUCAUUCCCCUGGAGAACUUGAGUAUCCGGGAGGUGGAGGACUCCAAGAAGCCUAACUGCUUCGAGCUUUUCAUCCCUGACAACAAGGACCAGGUGAUAAAGGCCUGCAAGACAGAGGCGGACGGCCGCGUGGUGGAGGGAAACCACACCUUCUACCGCAUCUCCGCUCCCACCGCAGAGGAAAAGGACGAGUGGAUCAGCAGCAUCAAGGCGGCCAUCAGCAGGGACCCCUUCUAUGAGAUGCUGGCAACCCGGAAGAAGAAGGUCUCGUCCGUGAAAAGGCACUAGCUCAUUGACUGGACCCCACUGCAGCCUGGCGGGGCUUGCGGACUCGGGACUGGCCCUGCUCAUGCUGUGCAGGAGGAGGGACCUGUGCUUUCAGGGUGGGGGUCUCAGCUGGGGGCUGGGGGGGGUGUAGCAUGACAUUGGAUUUUCCUCAUGAUGUACAGCUCCUGCUCUAACUUGCAAACUCCCACACAGAGACUUUCUAGCCUCCUGCUGGAAAUUUCACUCUCUCUCUCUCUCUCACACACACACACACACACACACACUCAAAAACCAAGUCAGCAGGUCUGAAUGAAUAUGGUUCCUGGAAUUUUCUAAUGUGGAUUAGCCAGCGAAAACACCCCCGCCACACCGAGAAGGUAUCACUUCUGUUUGUGUUUUACUGCUUUCGUAUUUAUUAUGAAUAGACGGGCAGCUUGUCCUCGUCGUCGCACAGGCCCUCGCACUCUCUCUGGGGACGGCUCCGGUUCCCGUGGUCAGGCAGGUGGAUGCCAGUUUUCUCUGAUAAAGUCAUUCACUGCCUGGAAGCUUAUGUGCAGUGUAAGGUGACAGGCACUGUGCACUGUGAAUACCGGUCAGGUCAUGUGAUCCAGGACAGGGGAGUAAUCAAAGCUGAAUGGGGGGGAGGGGUUAACAGUGCUCAAUGAGGAGAAAGGUGAGCCUGGAGGUUCCCCCAAAGCCUGCAAGCAUGACACCAUUCCUGAAGGUCUGUGAUGUGUGCCGACAUGAAGUACGCGGAUUAGUACUGGACCCCCCCCCCCGAAAGGGGCAGGGACUGCAGUUGGGCUUGGGGCUGGUGGUAAACCUUUGCACUGGAGCAGCAAGCCCAUCUAAGGAUGAAAGGUCACAAAAACAGGACAGGUCAGGUCAGGGUGGACUGGAAGAUAAAUACGAAGCAUCUGGUGAACAUGUGAGGCAUCUUUCCUGUGAGGGACCGGCUGGCAGGAGAAGGAACAGUGAGGCUGAGGUGAUUCCUGUCUCCUCCAAGCCUGGUUGGGCAGCCGAUGACGCUUCAGGUCACUCCCUCCACAUUCCUACUAGGCUAUUAACCCGGAUUGCUGAGCUAUAAUGCUACUUGUGCUGGUAUGAAGCUCGGGUCGUCGGACUGAGCAUUGCCACAAGAGCACGGACCUAAGCAGCACGGUCCAGUAUGAAUGACAGGGCACGAAGUGCAUGUGUAUAUCCUCAGGGGGCGGAGUCUGACUCAGGGUCGGCUUGGUGGUUGGUUGUUUUAGACUUUUGUCCCCUAUUGGCCAACAGAGAGUUCAGAACUACUCAGUAUUGCUCAGAUGCUCUAAACAUGCCCUUCUAUGCUCCUCUAUUUCUAUGUGUAGGAUUCCUCUCCUGCUAGGCCACCUUGCUCAUAUAAAUAUGUGAAUUGCCAGGCUGACCAGGGUUCAACCUGCUCUCUCUCAGCCAGCAUAAAUGUCUGUCUUCAAUAAAUAAAGGUAUUUUGUAUCAUUUUAAAGGAAAAAUGUAUGCUUUUUUAUGAGGAAAAUUGCACCAAUAUUUGGUACCACCGCUGAAACGACUUUCCGCUUCUUGUCUGUUCAUCUGAAAUGCAGUUCCUGGUGACAUCUUGGUCAACACUUAGGUUUUUGUUUGGAUUUUGUUUGCUAUCAUUUGUGUUUCUUUGUUUCUCUUUACACAGAUGACUGUACUGAUUGCUGAGAAGCCAAAGCAAUCCAACCUUAUAAAGUGACAGUAUCCGUUUAUAGUCUCUCAAGACUGUAUAUAACAAAAUGUGUAAGUUACUGUCUAUUUUAUGUUUAAGAUCUACGUUCGUGUAGAAAUAUACUGAGUGCCAGAUCUGUUUUUUCUUUGUCUGAUUUGAAGCUUCUUCCAUUGCCAUGUAAUCUCGUGCUGAUAAAGAGAAUAAAAUUAAUUACUGAUUUA